AUGAUAACCAAGAUAUUCGGCUUGUCCUCGUUGCGCUUGGAUGACGACGCGUCCUUUUAUGCUCUGGUAAUAGCGAAUAACCUAGACAUGUCUUACAUAGCUCAAUCAUUUCCAACGGUGCUGGCUAACAGUACGGAGCCAAUACAAGUGAAGGACGUGUGUCUGGAGGCUGAUGGGUGUCGCACAUCCCCGAACUGGAACGAUUUUCUCGGGCUUGGAAUCCGGGACACAAUAAUAACACACGGUCUGCAUUAUGGGUCACCGAUCGCGUGGAGAGGUGCACAACGUUUGUGGAGGGCCUUUCGCGGAACACCUGCUGCAAUGGGGGCCUACGGGGGCGUGGCAACAAACGCCGCGCGAGAACUACCCAAUGUGGCCGUCAAUCUACUGGGUUCAUCAACAUCUUUAGCUUUAACUGGCGUAUACGAACUGGCCCCUCUGGCUGCCGCUCCUGCUGGGGCUGCAACUGGUAUAGUGGUGCAAUCAUCACAACGUGGAACCUCCACGGCAGAAGGGUUACUGGCAACAUCCCGUAUGUGGCGUUCAACUCCAAACUUAUUACCCGCAGCUAACGAACUAAUUUCCGCGGGGGGGCUAGCAUCGGUGAGGAUGGAAGCGGCUGGUGUGGCUUCAGGGGUAAGGGUGGUUUCUAGAGCUGCAAAAACAACGAGAGUAUGGAGUGGGUUAACCAAACUAUUUAGGGCAAUCCGUGUGAGGCGGGAGGUGCCAUCCAACAACACCACAUCCUUCAGUCUCAGAGAAAGAAGAUCCCCAUUGGGAAGGCCAUUGGUCGAGGACACAAUACAGCCUACCGCCUUACUCAACGUUUCGGCCACCGCAGCUAAAACAUUCAGAACUUGUUGCCAUCCACAAUACACCGUGCCGCCGAGGAACGGAUCGUUGCCUAAGUGGAUCCGAAGCAAACGUGGACUAUGGACUGGAAUUCAUAAGAUUGCGGCGGGUAUACCUAGUUGGGUAUAUCCCUCAGUCUCAUCUGCUGCACUAUGGGUGGUCCAUGGUAACCCUGAAGAGCUAUCUGCAGUACAAUCUGCUCAAGACUCUGCAGAACAACCUGCGGAAGAACCUGCAGAACAACCUGCGGGAGAACAACACGCAAGACAACAAUCUACGAUACAUCUAUCGCAUGUUUUAAGAGCACCAAAUACAUCCAAUUCAUGCAUUGUCUUUGGUUGCCAAGAUCAGUCGCGCUAUCGAGUUCCUAAACACAUGAAAAUACGUCUGCUACAUGAAAACUAUUAUGUACCGCCUGCAGCACGAAUAUGCCAAGAACAUCUGCAAUUGAACGACUUUGAAGUUUUAUUGUCAGCAAAUAACAUAAGCCAUGAUUUCAACGAGGACCAAAUCAUGGACAUGAUGAAUAUUUUAAAAUCUGCUCAUCAGGUCAUCGGAAGACUGGAUUUUGAAAAUAUAGAAAAUAUGGAUCCUAACGAACUAUAUUUU